CUUUUCCCUCUCUUCUUUAGAUUAUGCGCUCCCUACCAGGCUGGGUCUGGACUUUAAAUGCCGGUAACUGGCAUUUCUAUUUUGUUCCAUUGCCCUUUUUAGCUGUAAUCUGUAAUUCGUACCGGCCCAUGUACCUGGCACAUCCCUGGCUGCAGCCCGCGGUAUUCUUGCUCUUACUCUUUUACCUUUUUCUCUUCCCUUAUUCUCGAGUGUGGGUUAACGCCAUGAUCGGAUUGUAUGACGGCCGAAGGGCCAUGGUUGGAGACCAAGGGGGCGUUUCCAUUAUUUGCCUGAUGGACUUGAUGCUCCAGAGGCAGUAUUACUCGGGGUCCAAGCCCGACGCUGCCGGCUUUUGUGCAUGUUCUCGCACUAGAGACACGGAUACUGUACGAUACGGGGCGUAUCGCGUUAGCAUUUACCACUAGCAACCCCCCAGACCUGGCUUAUACACGUACAAGUAUAUGGAGC